AUCCCCUUGCACGCCACUACGAGAACCCUUGACUGUUUUCAUCAUCGAAGUCGAGGGUUUGUACGAGAAGCCGAAUUGUCAAAAGAGAGAUGGAAGAAAUCGGAAUAACUGUGACUACGGAGAAGGUGGAGGAGACAGCAGAUGUCAAAGUCCCUGUUCUGGGAGGUUUGACUGUUGUAAGUGAUGAAACCACAAAAGAUGACUACAACACAUACAAGCGACUCCUUCAGAAUUUGGAGUACUUGCGCGUUCAGGAAGAUUACAUUAAAGAUGAACUUCAUAACUUGAAGAAGGAGUACAGACAUGCUCAGGAAGAGGUUAAGCGGAUUCAGAGUGUUCCCUUGGUCAUUGGCCAGUUCCUAGAAGCAGUUGACCAGAAUACUGGAAUUGUAGGAUCAACAACAGGAUCAAACUACUAUGUCCGCAUUCUGUCCACCAUAGAUCGCGAACUGCUUAAACCCUCUGCCUCUGUGGCUCUUCACAAGCACAGCAAUGCCCUUGUGGAUGUACUUCCCCCUGAAGCUGAUUCCUCAAUUUCCAUGUUGCAAGCGGAUGAAAAGCCAGAUGUCUCAUACUCCGACAUUGGAGGCUUAGACAUGCAGAAGCAGGAGAUCAGGGAGGCUGUCGAAUUGCCUCUGACUCACUUUGAUUUGUACAAGCAGAUUGGUAUUGACCCACCCAGAGGUGUGCUUAUGUUUGGACCACCAGGAUGUGGUAAAACCAUGCUUGCAAAGGCUGUGGCACAUCACACAACAGCUUCUUUCAUCCGCGUUGUGGGCUCAGAGUUUGUACAGAAAUACCUAGGUGAAGGGCCCCGCAUGGUGAGAGAUGUUUUCCGAUUAGCCAGAGAAAAUGCUCCAGCUAUUAUUUUCAUUGAUGAAAUUGAUGCUAUCGCAACCAAGCGAUUUGAUGCACAGACUGGUGCUGAUCGUGAGGUUCAGCGUAUUCUUCUGGAGCUGCUCAAUCAGAUGGAUGGCUUUGACCAGACUACAAAUGUUAAAGUUAUUAUGGCCACUAACCGUGCAGACACCCUUGAUCCUGCCCUCCUCCGCCCUGGACGUCUUGACAGAAAGAUUGAGUUCCCAUUGCCUGACCGUAGACAGAAGCGACUCAUCUUCUCCACCAUUACUGGUCGCAUGAAUUUAAGCGAGGAUGUGGAUCUUGAAGAUUACGUUGCUCGUCCUGAUCGUAUCUCUGGUGCCGAUAUCAAUGCUAUUUGCCAAGAGGCUGGUAUGCAUGCUGUACGAGAGAACAGAUACAUAGUCUUGGCUAAGGACUUUGAAAAGGCUUAUAAGAACAAUGUUAAAAAGGACGAGUCAGACCAUGAAUUCUAUAAAUAAGUUAGGUAUUACAGCAUUUAACAGAUGACAAUACUAAUAUCUUAAAGCACAUUAGAUUUUCUAUUAUUUUUUUCUUCUUUCAGAUAUCUUUUUAUUUUUAUUAUUAUUAUUUUUUUAUCCUCUCAAAAGUCAAGUACCUGGUGUUGUCAUUAUUAUUAUUAUUAUUAUAUGGUCCAGUAGUAGGAUUUAGUCUACCGAGUUUCUUUAAAAGUUUUAUAAUGUUUCAUUUGGAUGUUUUGUGGUCUUAGGCAGUGCAUGACUUAAAACCUCUCCUUUUUAUUAAGAAUGAAAGGAAAAUGAUAACAAGGCUUCUAAUAACAGUGAAAA